AAAAGAGCAAGACUCAGUCUCAAAAAAAAAAAAAAAGAAAGAAAUCUUUUCAAAAGCAUUUACUAUGAGGUAUAAUGGAGGAAAAAGGAAAGGCUGGAUGACUUAUACACCAAUAAUCCUUCAAUAUAUCUAUUUGUAAGUGUCAAAGGCACUUCAAAGCCAGUAUGUCAUACCAAGUAUAUGAUCAUUACUCUCCCCAAGUCUGGCCUUUAUCCCCAUGAAUGGCACCAGCAUCCAGAUAACUGCAUUAUGCAGAAACAAAAGCCACACCCUUGACACCAUCUGUUUCACCUCCCAAAUCCAAUCCAUUACCAAGUCUUGGUCUCUUGUCUCCUUUAUAUCUCAAUUACCCUUCCUGGCCAGACCUAAGCCAUCAUCAAAUCUUUUUCUCUACUGAACCAUUGAUGUUGACAGUAGCAUCUCCCUUUACACGGCUCCUCCAGUCAAUACAUCACCCAGUUGGCACCCUCUAAUCUCACAAGCCAUCCUCUUAACAUUUUCAAGGGCUUCCCAAUGUACUUGAUCAUGGUUUGAUCUCUCUCUCUCCAACCUCAUCCUGUACCAUGCAGGGAGUUUCCCUCUGUCCUUCUCCAGCCAAAAUGACUCCCUAAGUACUUAUUCACUGACUUAUGUAGACGCCGAUGAAUGGCUUUCUCCCUAGUGGGCUGAGAGUUCCACGAGCACAGUAUCUACAUGUUUUUAUCCUCCACUAAUUUUCUACCACCUAAAUGUAUGGCAUAUGCUAUGUGAUCAAUGUCUGUAACAAAAUUUUAAAAAACGAUUAGGUUAAUUGUUCUGAACCAGAGUCAUUUUGUCCCUCACUUCCCCAGCCUCCUGAAGAAACAGGUGGCAAUGUUUGGGAAUAUUUUGGGUUGUCAUUAGUGUACAGUGGGUAGAGGCCAGGGACAUUGCCAAACAUUCUAGGAUGCACAAGACAGCCCACCAAAAGUUACCCUGCCCAUUGUGUCAAUAGUGCCUAGACUGAGAAAUCCUGACCUAGACGAAAAAGAAGGAAUAUUUCUAUUUUGAUCAUAUUGAAUUGGUUUCUCUAGAGUCAAGUCCUUAUAGAAAUAUAUUUAUUAUCUCCGGAUGCUGUGAGAGACUUAAACAGUGAUGCAUACACACACACUCAAUGACUCUUACAUUUCCUACAGGCAGGAGAAGCAUAUUCGAAUGGUCUCUUGUAGUCCUCCGAUGCCUAGCACAGGGCUGGGAUUCGGUUGCUCAAUAACACCUCUGGGAAAGCCUCACUUAACAUCAAAAGGACCUCAAAACUAAGGGAAACCCUUGAGCUGCAUGAAAAGGACCACCUUAUUUCACAUAUAUGACCAAAGUGCAGCAAAGGUGAGUGACAGCACAAUAGAACCCCGCCCACCUGCUGAGCCACGCCCCUUCCCUGUCACAAUGGCCAAGCCCUUAAAUAUCCAGACUCCUGGCCCCCGGGCCUUGCAAAGCCCCUCAUUUUGGCAGAACUUACCAUGUCGACCAGCCGCAAAUUAAAGAGUCAUGGCAUGAGGAGGAGCAAGAGCCGAUCUCCUCACAAGGGAGUCAAGAGAGGUGGCAGCAAAAGGAAAUACCGUAAGGGCAACCUGAAAAGUAGGAAACGGGGUGAUGAUGGUGAGUGAGGAAUGGGGAGGAGACUGCCAAACUUAGGCACACAGUGCUGCCAGGCCCUCCCUCUUGGAGGCAGCCCUCACAGGACCCUGAAAUCUUGGCCUGAGAUUAUUUCCAAUAACUAAAUGCAGAUUUGAGCAAUAAGAGUAUUGAUGGGAAUGUUCUAAUUGCGUCUCUGUUGCAAACCUGUCUUUUCCCACAGCCAAUCGCAAUUACCGCUCCCACUUGUGAGUCCUCAGCGGGCUCUGCCCUGGUGCACUUCACACAGCACCAGGCAGCAACAACAGCAGAAGGGGGACUGCCAAGGAGAACUGAUGUUAGAUCAAAGCCAGAGAAGAGCCUAUGGAAUGUGGAUCAAAUGCCAGUUGUGACGAAAUGAGGAAUGUAUAUGUUGGCUGUUUCUCCCCAACAUCUCAAUAAAACUUUGAAAGCAGAAA